AAAGUGAAACCCAACACUUCUAAACUUUAGCCUCAAAAUUAUUCUCUCUCUCUCUCUCUCUCUAUCUCUAAGUCAUCUCUUUGAACAUCAAGGGAUUUAUUAUAAACUGUAAUUGAAGCUCACAUCAUGGACCAUCAUCAGUAUCAUCACCAUGAUCAUGAUCAAUACCAACAUCAGAUGACGAUUACUAACGAUAUCCCCUAUAACACCAUCGUCACAACACAACCACCACCACCUACAACAACAACAACAACAGCAACCACAAUGAUAAUGGAUGAUGAGAAGAAGUUGAUGACGACGAUGAGCACCAGGCCACAAGAACCAAGAAACUGUCCAAGAUGCAACUCAAGCAACACCAAGUUUUGUUAUUACAACAACUACAGCUUAGCACAGCCUAGGUACUUGUGUAAGUCUUGUCGGAGAUAUUGGACUGAAGGUGGUUCUCUCCGUAACGUCCCCGUAGGCGGAGGUUCAAGAAAGAACAAGAAGCUUCCGUUACUACUUCCAAAUUCCUCUACUUCUUCUUCCACCAAGAAUCUCCCAGAUCUCAACCCUCCUUUUGUCUUUACAUCAUCACCAUCAAACCCUAGCAAGACCCAUGAUGAUAAUAAUGAGCUCAGCCUCUCAUUCUCUUCCCCUAUGCAAGACAAGCGAGCUCAAGGGCACUACGGUCAUUACACCGAACAAGUUGUGCCGGGAGGGCAGAACGGUCUUUUCCAAGCUCCUAUGGGAAUGAUUCAGUUUCGUCAAGAAUAUGAUGAUCAUGACAACCAAAAAAAGAAUCUUGGGUUUUCACUAGACAGGAACGAGGAAGAGAUUGGAAACCAUGAUAACUUCGUUGUUAACGGAGGAGGAAGUAAGAUGAUGUAUCCUUAUGGAGGUUACGAAGACCAUCAUCAACAUGUGAGACACGAUGAUGGUAAUAAGAAGAGAGAAGGUGGUUCAAGCAAUGAGCUAUGGAGUGGAAUCAUCCUAGGUGGUGAUAGUGGUGGACCAACAUGGUGAUAUGAUGAUCAUAUUCAUAUCGUCAAAAGGACAAGAUAAUAAAAGACAAAAACAAAUAGUUAACGAGUAAAAAUAAUAUGUACUGAUUAGAUUUGGAAUUUUCAGACCCGGAAGAGUCGCCUUGGGAGGAGCAUGAUGAUUCUUCUUUCCACUUUUUAUAAAUUCCUCUGUUCACUUUCUUUGUCUUUUGUCUGAUGGAGCCACUUAUUUGGCUUUUAGUUUGUUUCUUUAGGACCCUUCUUUAAGUUUUAACACAUAAAAUGUCUAGUGCCUAUUAUUGUAUAUAUAUAGUCUUACAUCAUAUCAUAUCAUGCAUCUUUUUGUUUGAUAGAGA